AUGCAGCAAGCAUUCUCUGGCGGCUUGCCCGUCAAUGGUCAGUCUUUCGAAGACGAAGACCAACAGAAGACCCGAAACAGCGCGACGCAAUCAACGGGUACACCCGCUGAACCGAAGCAAGACUCAGAGAGAUAUAUCUUGUCUCCAUCCACCCAGAUCGGCGAUCUUGGAUAUCAAUUCCCUGCUCCCAUUAACACUACGGUACAGGGCUAUCAGAACACCCUACACUCUGCUAGCUCGUCGCAUGGUGCAUGGCCAACCCCGCCUUCGACUUGCGACAACAGCUUCUCACCCACGAGCGACCCAGGCGGCGCGUCUUCUGCUGGACCCCACUCGUCAGUGCCCAGUCCCGGAAACUGGUCACCUAACGAAUUCCAUCGCCUCAACUUCCAGCAGUUAUCCCUCAGAGAGUCGGAUCAAAUGCCAGCUUACGGCUUUCGUUCUUGCCCCUCGCUCCAGUAUGAGCAACAACAGCUACACCCGCAAAUGGGUACCACAUCCUAUGAGUCAACGGGCUUCACAGGUACCGGUUUAGAUGCGAGCAAUAUGGUCCAUCAAGAAGUACCAUCGACCAUUACUGGAUUCCCCGGUACAGGUCCGGCGGCAGCCUCCCGGAGUGAAUCACCCCAACAGACUCGGGAUGCCGACAUUUCGUACGGAUCAUAUAACAUGGAGGUGGACGAAGCCUCAGUACAGCCGGAAUCAAUGGAUCAGGGAAGUGGUGAAGAUGGAGCAAAGAUCGACGAACCCUACGCGGUACUGAUACAUAGAGCCCUCAUGAGUGUGACUCCCCACCAAAUGAUGUUGCAGCAAAUCUACCAAUGGUUUCGCGAAAACACGAACAAGGGAAAGAGUAGUGGUAAGGGUUGGCAAAAUAGUAUUCGACACAACCUGAGCAUGAACCACGCAUUUGUCAGACACGAGGGUAGAUCGAGCGACUCUGUGACUGAAGCUGGCGAAUCAAAAAAGGCUUCAGUCUGGGUUUUGGAGCCUUGGGCUGUUGGUGGCGUGCAAAGCACUACACGAUAUCGGAGCAAGCCGACCUCGAGUCGUCGCGGCGGUGGAGCGGGCCAUCACGGGCGCGGAAUCCACGCUAGACUAUCAGGACGAGCCCAUUCUGGUCGCAAGGGAGGUCAGAGUGCUAGCAGGUCUAAGGCAGCAGCCAUGAGAAGGGCAAUGGGCCAUCGACGAAGUCUAAGUGCAGGGUUUAUUGAAAUGGGUGAGAGCAUGCACAAUCAGGUGCAGAAUAUGUUGUUCAACCAACGUGUGGGUCUCCAGCCGUUGACGCCUCCCGAUGUUAGCCAUGAUAUGAUCUUGGCUCACUCAAUGCAUAACCCAGUCCUGCCGACUAAUGAUGCAAGCCACCAUGGUUUUACUUUCCCUCAGUACCAAGGUGCUCAACAACAGCCCCAUCAUACCCACCCUACUCACCCUGUGUAUAUGGAGGAUGUCACUGGAAUGUAUCAUGGACAUCAAGCACCAGCACCCGUACAGGGAGGCCAGGGAGGCCAAGGUUUACCGGCUUCAAUGGCUCCCGACCUCAACGGCCUAUUUGAGGAGAACCCCGGUAAUACGGAUCGCAACAACAGGAACCCGGACCCCUUCCAGUAUUGGGAUGACCAAACUCAGGGUGGUCCUCCUUACCAACCGUAA